CAUUUGCGAUUCCGUCUCUCUGCUCACUCGUAUUCCGAAAAGCAUCAAAUCAAGUUGCUUAAAACCCUUUUCUUUGCAUACAUACAUCUAUCGCCGCCGCUCCAAAGCUUUGCCACGCACUCUGUUUUUUCUAAAGAAAGAGAAUGUUGGACAUAAAUCUAUUUAGGGAAGAGAAGGGUAACAAUCCAGAAAUUAUACGCGAGUCUCAGCGACGGCGGUUUGCCAGUGUGGAAAUCGUUGAUGAAAUUAUUCAACUCGACAAAGAGUGGCGUCAACGUCAAUUUGAAUUGGAGCAGUUGCGAAAAGACUUUAACAAGCUCAACAAAGAAGUGGCUAAACUUAGAAUUUCUGGAGCGGAUGCCAGCUCCAUGAUCAAAAGUUCUGAGGAAAACAAGGAUUCAAUUGCAAAGAAAAACACGGAGGUUCAAGAGGCGUGGAAGGAGUUGUAUAGCAAGUUAGACAAGGUUGGGAAUCUUGUGCAUGACUCAGUUCCUGUUAGCAAUGAUGAGGCAAAUAAUGCUAUUGUCCGGACGUGGGGAGAGAAAAGAAUGGAGCCAAAGCUAUUAAAUCACGUUGAGCUUGUCGAAAAACUUGGAAUUGCAGAUCUGAAAGCAGGUGCUAAUGUAGCUGGUGGUAGAGGAUAUUAUCUGAAAGGAGAUGGCGUGAGACUUAAUCAAGCUCUUAUAAAUUUUGGUCUUGAUUUUUUGGGGGAAAGGAACUACACUGCGUUGCAGACUCCCUUUUUUAUGAGGAAGGAUAUCAUGGGAAAGUGCGCUCAAUUAGCACAAUUUGAUGAAGAACUGUACAAGGUAACAGGUGAAGGAGAUGACAAGUAUUUGAUUGCUACUGCUGAACAACCACUUUGUGCUUAUCACAUAGAUGAUUGGAUUCAUCCAUCACAAUUACCAAUAAGAUAUGCUGGAUAUUCAUCUUGCUUUCGUAAAGAGGCUGGUUCACAUGGCCGUGACACUCUUGGAAUUUUCCGCGUCCAUCAGUUUGAGAAAAUUGAACAGUUCUGCAUCACCAGCCCAAUUGCUAAUGAUGAUGAAAAUUCUUGGAAAAUGCAUGAGGAGAUGAUAAAAAACUCUGAGGACUUUUAUCAAAAGCUGAAGCUGCCCUAUCAAAUAGUGGCUAUCGUCUCUGGUGCACUCAACGAUGCUGCAGCUAAAAAGUAUGACUUGGAGGCCUGGUUUCCUGCAUCUAGCACUUACAGAGAACUUGUGUCAUGUUCUAAUUGCACUGAUUUCCAGUCAAGAAAAUUGGAGAUCAGAUAUGGACAAAAGAAGGGCAAUGAUCAGACCAAGCAAUAUUGUCAUCUCUUGAACUCAACUCUUACAGCAACAGAGAGAACCUUAUGCUGCAUCCUUGAGAACUACCAAACGAAGGACGGUGUCGAAGUACCAGAAGUUUUACAGCCAUAUAUGGGUGGCAAGACUUUUAUAAGUUUCACAAAGUCCCCCGCCAAAAAGAACUGAAAGGAAGAAAUCAAAAGCGUAGCCAUUUGAAGGUAUAUUCGUGUUUUGUUUCAAAAGGGUUUCUGAUGACGACUGUAUCAUCAGAUAGGGUUAUGUUACAUGGUGCUCGUUUCCUAGGAUUUUUAUAUAAUUACUGAUUGAUAGUACUCGUCUUUCAUACUUAUUAUUGGUGUUUGUUUUGAUUAUACAUGAUAGCCAAAGGUUGCACCUGAAUUUUUACCAAUUCCAGAAUGUCUUCACUUAA